UGUGUAAGAUGGUGCAAAUAAAACACUUCAUGUAUAUUUCGGGAACACAAAUAAAUAAACAUAAAAUAUAACGGAAUUUUACAGUACACAUAUGUGGCUAACAAAAUUGUUUCAGUAAUACGCAAAAUAUCUCAGUGAGUGGAGUCAGUCGUUGUAUCUACAAAUUUGUUCAACUGGUAAAUUCUCCUCUCAAUCUAGCUUCUUCAUAACAAAUGUCUUGUACACACUUUAACAUGCUUGAAAAGAGACAUCUGACAUAAGUAGUUAUUCCAAAACUAGACAAGUUAAAUAAUUGCCAUUGGGGGGCUGCAUUAUUUAAUUGGUGUUAAACACAAAGACAACAAAAAUAACUUCUUCUCCCUACGUAUGUGCGUUACUGGUUAGAUCAUCACAAAGCCACAUUAGACUCAGUAACUGCAUUUAUUCCGCUGACGUCUGUCGCAGUUGGAUCGUCCAGAAGUUCAUAUCUAUCAAACGUCCAUCAUAUUGUUAGAGAUGGCGAAUUAAUAUCGUUUAGUCUUCCCCGCAUGUUUUCGUCAUUUCCUGUUUAGCAAGCCCACAGAGUGAUAGCAGACUGUGCAAGCGUGUUGGUCCCUAAAACAACUUGAGACUUUGUUAUGACGUUUAUUGUGUACGAAUUUGACGUGUCAGUGACUUAAAGUACAAUAAUUUUUUGACAUGAACCCGAGAUUGAACAAUCACUAGACAUGUUAGUGGUGAUACUGUGUUGUAUGAUGAAAAUCGUGGAGUUCACCACGGGAAAACCCGUUGCCAAUCCGAAUCCAAAGCCAAAACCAAAGCCCAGAAAGCGGGUCAGGCGAAGGCAUGGAAGAAAAGAUAGAGCUAUGUCCGAGGUGGGAGUUGGCAUCCGGGCAAGUCCGGACUCGGACUGCAACAGCAACCACCCCGGAUCCGCCAGCUACUUGAGCAACACGUCUUCCCAGGACAUCGACUUUAUACAGGACAAUUCAGAUUAUCAAUGGUUUUUGGACUAUGGAUACAGAGAUGGGGGCAUAAAUCACCAUACAAGCAUCCUUUCACUUCCGGAAUCAUAUGAAGCUGCAGAUAUCAACUACUAUGACGCCAUCGCGAAAAAUAUGGACGCCAAUCUGGCUGAAGCUGAUAUGGAAAGUUUCAAAACGGAAGAUAUUCAUGCACUUUUGACCAAUCUACCGCCCAUGUGCACCGACCAUCUAAGUCAAGAGACCAACAGACAAGGAGAGUGUUAUGCAAGUGUGUCAGGAUCUAUGAUGGGCAAAUUUGAUUUGGACAGCUCCAUCAGUCCACACAGUAGUUCGCAAGGUGAUGAAUCUGCAAAUUCCACAUCGAUGUCCAUUUGUAAAUCGGAACUGCUCUUCAGUCCGGUUAAAGAAACUCCAAUGCCAGGAGUUAACUUCAGUGUGGACUCCUUGGACUGCGACAUGAUGCUCACUUGUCAGGCAAAUAAGGAUAACUAUACCAUUGCUUUCGAAGGAUCAGUUAUUAUGGAUUCAGAAGACAGCGAUUAUAAUGCUGCUGAUAAGGCCAACCAGCAUACGUCCAGUACACAUUGGCCAGUCAAAUCGCAGACAAACAACCUAAAAAAUUUGGAUGCAUCAAUGACGCAAUCGGAUUCCGGCAGCUUCACAACGUGGAGCAACCUGAAGAAGAGGUCCAGCGAUAAUCAGUUGAGGAGACUUCCAUCUGGGAACAAUAACAAUUCUGGCGAUGACGCCAGUCAUUUGGGACUUACCGAGAUGGCGGCCAAAAGCCAGAGUUUACCCAAUUUGUACAAGCAGAAGAUGCGAAUGGCAAGAAGUGGACACACCAAGACCCAUAGCAAUAGUUCGACGGAACAAUGUACAAUAAAAAGGAAACCAGUGAAGGUAUUCGACAUUCAACAUCAGAUCAAUAGCGACAGUGUGAGUCUAUCAGACAUGGCAACUUCAGUUGAUGCUAGUUCAAGUGAAAAUGUAAACAAUAGACCACACAAUUUCAAUUUGGUCAAAUUGUUCAUGAAACAAAAAAGUAUGAGCACUGAAGGAAUGUCGACAACCUUAGAUCAACUAUCAUCUACAGAAAAUUGGCCAGCUAGUCAGUCUGGAGAAAGUAACUCUUCAGAUUCAAAGGCACUUGAUCACAAGAAUCUUGAAAUGAGUACUGAUCAAAGGACGAACGAAAGUAGCGUAAGAACAUACGAUUUAAUAGCUGAAGAACCUGAGGAUGAAUCAAAAAGUGAGUCUAUUGAACAACUCUCAGACAGUAUAAGCAAACUAGAUCUAAGGACUAGUUCCGAACCCAGACAUAACGUGAAUAACAACAACAGCUUUGGAUCUGAUGUUAGACCAAAGGCUCCUUCACCACAAAGAAUCCUUACUGGUCUCACUAAGCACGAGCUAAUGAACAGAAGUAUUCAAACGUCACACUUUUCCGAGGUAGCAAACUUAAAAACCAAGCCUCAUCCCUUGAAAGUCAAACCUGAAAUAAAGGUAGUGGAGCCAUCUUUCCUGAGUAAAUUGAAAAAAGAAGGGGAAGUAGAGAAGCCAGUUUACAUAUUGUACCCGAACUACGUUUUACCUAACCUGGACUUCUUGAACGAGAAGAGAGAAGACAUAUCUAAAGUUUUGUUGGUACCCCAGAGAGCACCAAAAGUUGUGUCAGCAAGUAAAUCUAGGCCAUUCAGUUGUAAUGAUUUAGAAUCAUUGAAACGAAAGGGUUUCGGUCAUGUAAAAGAUUGGGAUUCACUAAACUUCCUUUUGCCUCAAGAAUACAAGAAAAUUUUAUCGGAAGUGCCAGAAAUUUCCGAACAUAUUAAAGUCAACCACAAGGAAAAUCCCACAUUCAUGCGACAAAAGUUCAGGCAAAGACCGGUUAGCUGCGAUGUAAAUUCCUUAAAUCAAAACAAUACUUCUUCCAGUUCAAGUACAGCUACUCAACCCAGUUCCGGUUAUAGGGGUUCUUCGACCAUCUUGACUGAUUCUCAAGGAAGUCCUGCCCCAACAACAAAUUUAAAUCCAUUAUUCGUGUAUAGAUACGAUAGUGUGACAAGUUCUGAGGCCAGUUUGAUGACGAGUGAAAGACAAAGGAGUACCACAACAACUGCGGCACCACCCCUACCUGUCAGAUGCGUCAGCUUGCCGCACGGUGAUAGCGUUCCACCAAGACCCCCAUUACCCAGAAGCAUUCUUCGCAAGGGUUCUGAUGUAAUUAAACGCUAUAGCAUGUAUGAAACCAGUGAAGAGGAAAACGUUGAAGACAAUACAUAUAAAAGGAAAUCUCUUCAAGAACCAUAUUACUUGCAAAGAAAUAAACGUUUUUCUGAAACAGAAGAUGAAGGUGUGGAUGCAGGCACUUCAAGUAGUAGCUUAGAUGAACAUCCAGAAGCUAUUCCUCAUCAUAAAACCGAUUUUCUGUUGUCAAAUAUUAGUAGUGAAGAACUCGCUCAAUUCGAAGAAUUCUUGAAAAUAAGCGGCAUUUCUACGUCAGACCAUGAAGAGCACACAGAAGAAAGUCUGCUUCAAUUAAGAUCAUAUGUAAGCAAAUUUCUAUCAUUAAAAAUCAACCAGGAUGGAUCAGAUCAUUUCGGGGGCAAGAAGUCCGUCAGUUUCGCCGAGAAAGUUAACGUAUUACCUAAACACCUAGAAUCAAAACAUUUUUACCCUCCCAACAAUUCUCCCAAUGUUUCUGCCUUUUUGCAUCAAAAGAAUUAUUACUCUAAAAAUCUUGCUGAUAUGCCUAUUUGUGAAGAAAGUGAAGGCAGCCCAAAUUAUUCUAGUCCUCAAACUACCCCAGUCCAUUUGGCUAAAAUUGGCCCACACAAUAGUCUUGUACAAAAGAGUUCCCUGAUAGGGGCCGUAACUGACGCAGUAGAGCAACUAAUGCAUCACUUUUCACCUGCUUCGAAUCAACAGGAAUUAAACGCAUUAGGAGAUUCAUCAAUGAAUCCGGCUUGUGCUAAAUUGGCUUUGACUACUUUGUGUCCGGCAUUGUACGCAGUAUUAAGCGACGGUCUCAAACCCAGUUUGGAAACUAGCUUUGGUGCUAUCAAUAAUUCCGUCUGGCAAGUAGUUGAAGCUUCGGCUCAACAAGGCCCGCUGACUAAAGCUUUAAAUGAUUUGGUAAUGCGCAUCAACAGCGAAGACAUUAUUACCGAAGGUCUAGUCAAGUUCAAUGCGUUCGUUUUCGGACUACUUAAUGUCAGGUCACUGGAUGCCUGGACCAGUUACCUGAGAACAAGGGAAAGUGUGCUAAGGAAGCAUUACACUGGAGAUUCAUUACUACUGAUGUCUCAUACUGGGGGACCAAACAUUAGAUCUCUUUUAGACAAUAUGAUUGCUGCACUUAGACCACUAGCAUUCUUGCCAUUCCAAUUGGAUUUACUUUACGAGUACAGGGAAUUGCACAUGAGCUUUAAAAGGAUGGAUUCCUAUCAUCAACCAGUGAGUCCUACUCAUAAGCAUUCACCUUCACCAAAUUUCAAACAAUUCAACUCGGCUAAACUUGGAUUAUCAUCUCACAGUAACAGAUCAAACUCAGAUACAGAUGAAAUUUCGGCAGCUACAACUGUGAGAAAUUAUCAGCUGUAUGAUGAAGUUAUGCCAGAUCUGGUAAAUUCGUCCUGCAAAGUAAAAUGCCGAGGAGAGAAAGAACGACCAAGGUCAUGUGUAGAACCUGGAGUUCUGUCACAGCCCAGUUUUAAAUUAGGAGAAGACGUUACCAGCGUAGAUAAAAAGCGGUGGUCGGGAAUCGCCUUGAAUUCAAAACUAUAUCAAGCUUAUGAUAGGUUAGCAAAGGAAGAGGAGGAAUAUACGGACAGCUUGGAAACACCAUGCUCGUCAGGAGACGCCAAACCAGAGGAUAAAAAGUUAACGCUUGUAAUGCAAGAAGAACAACCCGAAUCGCUCGAUUCCAACUUCUCAGAUGAAAAACCGUUGAACGGUAAACGUUUUAAGAAGUUACAACAAAAAUGGGAAAUGCUGAGCGGCAAGGACUCUCAAGAAUCACCUCCUUUGUCACCUACAAGCACUCCAAACAAAUCGAAAAUACCCAGGUUGAUACCCUCUCCCGUAAAAUCGGGAAUUCCCGUACUUAUGUCCAAUAUGAAGAAUGUAAAAAAAGUAGUCACACCACCAGGUCCUGGAAAAUCAAUACCCGCCCCAUCCAAGAUUAGUGUUAAGAAUUCGCCUGCAAAGAAAAUCGGUCCAAGAACUAGCAGAGUUGAUCAGUUGGAUAACCCUCAAGACACCCCAAGGAAUGUAUCAAGACCUAGCAGUUUACCGUAUAAGGUAACGACGCCAAAUGGAAAAAAUACAAAGGUUACACCUCCAAGAAGGGCAGCCUCAAGUUCAUUAAAUCGAAAACCAGUUACCCGAACUACUACACCAAAAGUGGUAAGGACAUUGUCACAUAGAUUGCCCUCAGAGAGUGGACACUUAUCAUUCAAUGAGGGAGAAAAGCUCAAAGUUGUUUUAGAAGUAGAUGAAAAAUGGUUGUUAUGUUGCAGGGGUACACAAAAGGGUUUAGUACCUAAGUCAGCUGUAAUAGCUGACUCGGGUAGAUUCUGAAUUUUAUUUACGAGAAUGUAAAUAUAACCAAAAUGCUUUUGAAUUGUAAAUUUUUAUACAGACUGGACUUGUGAUGUAUUAAAUAUUUAAAUAGGGUGUAUUUUUAAACUCUGCUAGUUUGGAGUAAUAUUGUUAUAUGAGUAUUACCAAUUGUUGCUGCUUAUUAUUGUUGUGAGCAUGUUGAUAUUUAUUUUAUUGAUAUUAUCGAAUUUUAUUUAUAAAGUUAUACAACUUUUUAAUUUUUAAAUCUGCUUUUGAACGAAAAUAUUAUCUACUACAUUAAAAGUACUUAAAUAGUCAAAUAUUUAGCUUGCUUUAAUUUUUCUUGUAUGAUACAAUACUAUAUUUUUGUUCACAUUAUGUCAAACUCUAUUUUUUUAGUUUCUCUUACAAACUGAAAAAACAUAGUUUGCCAUAAUUGGCACACUAUAACAGAUUUACACAAAAAAUUACUAACAUAUCACCUGACUCUUUUACUUCGAAUCGGUGGUUGGGUUCUUUUCUUUUAACGAUUUAAUUUAUUUGUAUCAGUUGACGAAUACAUUACUAACAAACCUCUCCAAUACAUUCCAAUCCAAACAAAUUAAUUCGGUAUUUGUAUUCGAUUUUACUUUUGAUGCUGAAACCCGUUUUAACAACCCUUCCCUUUAUCCAUUCCCGUGCAUGUUAACAAACCGAGCAGCAUCUUAAGUGAACAAUUGAUACGAGUAAAAUAAAUCUUGAUUUCUCACUGAUGUCUUGUACUUACCUCAGUAUAAGUCAGACUGUGUAGAAAGCACGUUUUAUUUGAAAGGUAUGUUCAGGGAUAGAACGAAUAUAUGAUUUCAUUUGUAGCACAAGAGCAUACAAGUGGCCAGAGUAUUAUAAAUACCCUGUGGAUCCAACCAGUGCUCGAAUAAUUUAACUAACAUUUCUCUUCCUACUAAUAUUUCUUGCUUAACAUUUCCUUUGCGUAGAUUUGUUGUGGUGUAUUGAUAUUAUCGAAUGUAUAUUGUUCGAAUGUGAUACAUAGAUUUUUUUAUUAAAGCUUCUUGUAAUUUUCGUAGCUGUAUGUAUAUUAGUCUAAUCUAGAACAUUUAAAUAAUCAACAGCAUCAAAUAAUAAUAAAAAUGUGUAAAGAUACCAAAAAAUGUAUGACCGAGGCCUUUGUAAUAGUUUAUUGUAAAUCAAUAAGUUAAACAUUUAACUAAUAAUUACUUAUUUACAGUACUAUUCAUUAAGUUAAUUUAUGUGUAUAUAUUGAAUCGAUUGUGAUGUAUAUAUUACCAAAGUUCGAUCGAACGAAUUCCGAUAUUCCAAUGAAUUAUUUACUGUUGGAAGCAAUUUUACAUUUAUUAUUGUUUCGUCAUUAGGUGCCAUAAACACCCUCGUCAUUAUUUAAGUUAUGUAUAAAUCUAUAUAUUAGGUUUAGGAUAAUAAUAGAAAAUAGAAAAGUGUAAUUCACUCGUAAUAAAAAUUAUAACGAUAAAAUAA